AUGGAUGCCCGAGAAGAUCUACCUAAAAUAUCAGUGGAGACUGAACAGGACUGGCGACGUCUUCAGCGAAAUAUAUCAACUGCUUUCCUGGAUAGAUUGGACUUGGAACUUGAAUCUCAGGGUGUCAGCCAAGACAGGGAAUCAUUUCUGCCUCACAUAAAUCAAUUCCUUGACACACUUUUUGCGAUAACUAGACCAAAUCUUCGUAUCAACGGACGCACCACCGAAGAACCAUACGAUGACGACGAAGGGAUGGAGCCUUUUGAUGAAGCUCUUGAUCGACAUAUUUGGUCGCUUUCCGAUCAGCGACUGAAGUGGGAUAGGGAAAUUGGAGGUCGCCGUCGGACGCGUCCCACCGAAGUCGAAGCCACGAUUCAGGGGGUUUACACUCAGCAUGGUGACAUUGACAUGAGUAUCGAUGCGAAUCAGGAAUCAUAUCUCUCAGAUCUAGAUGGCAGCCAACUUGAUCCUGCGAUAGAAGAGACUUUCGUGAAUGCUAUUACUAUGUCAGCUCAGCUUUCUCAGUCUAUUUCCAUGCAGUAUGAACGAGCAAACAGAUUUUCUGCUGUUUCGACCGAGGUCAAGGCACUGAAACCUUGA